AAUAGUUAUGCAAAUAAAAAACAAAUAGUUUAAUUCAGAAAUUCGCUCUGAAAGGUUUUUUUUUGAGAGUUAUUGCAAGACAGGGUCUCCAACACACAAAAACUUCUCCCCCACUCCAUCUGUCAAAAAAUAAAUUCAAGUGUGAGGUUAGUUAUGUGAUAAAAAUACUUUCUUUUCCACCAAUUUGCUAUGGCAUAUCGUCUCAUUAGUAGCAGCAAAAAACUGGAAAAAUUGCUAUUUAGAAACUUGAAACAAUGCAACUUUAACAUAAGCAAAGAGAAUUCGACGUUUCAAGCCGUUCUAAACCAGUGGAGACUCUUUUGCGAAAAGCCUCCUAAAGGUUUCGAAAAAUAUUUCGAACCCGGCUCGAAACAGAAGGGCAAAAGUUCGAAAACUGAGCCUCCGAAGGAGGCCAAAGAAGCGAAGAAAGAUGGCAAGCAGGAGCAGCCAAAGCCGCCCCCGAAGACCCCAAGCGGUCAGCAGGGGCAGAAGCCGUACGACCAGUGGUCUUUCGGGCUUUUCGGGGGCACAGGGAGCCGGGGGAGUGGCGGCAAGCCCUUCGGGGACGGCGACCGGGACAAGUGGUACAUUCUGGGGGCGGGGGCGGCCAUUGCGUUCCUAGCCACUGUGACCAUGUGGGAGAUGGGGUACAAGGAGAUCAGCUGGAAGGAGUUUGUACAAAGUUACUUAACACGAGGGAUUGUAGAAAAGUUAGAGGUUGUUAAUAAGAAGUGGGUCAGAGUGAGGCUUCUCCCUGGGAAUACCAUUGACGGUGCUAAUUUUGUAUGGUUUAAUAUUGGUAGUGUAGAUUCGUUUGAACGCAACUUAGAAAAUGCCCAGAUUGAGAUGAACGUAGAGCCACCUAAUUUUGUACCAGUUAUUUACAAGACUGAAGUGGAAGCUGCAAGUUUGUCCGGGGUUUUACCCACAAUUCUAGUUAUUGGAUUUUUGAUCUACAUGAUGAGACGAUCUGCCGAAAUGAUGGGCGGCGGCAAGGGGAAGAGGAAAGGCCUUUUUGGCAGUGUAAUGGAAAGCACAGCCAAAUUAAUCAAUUCCAAUGAAAUUGGAGUCAGAUUCAAAGACGUCGCUGGUUGUGAGGAGGCUAAAAUCGAAAUCAUGGAAUUCGUCAACUUCCUCAAAAACCCUCAACAAUACAUCGACCUCGGGGCCAAAAUCCCCAAAGGCGCCAUGUUGACAGGCCCACCUGGCACCGGUAAAACCCUCCUAGCCAAGGCCACCGCAGGUGAAGCCAACGUCCCGUUCAUCACAGUUUCCGGGUCCGAAUUCCUGGAAAUGUUCGUAGGUGUGGGUCCAUCCCGUGUACGCGACCUCUUCUCCAUGGCCCGCAAACACGCUCCUUGUAUCCUGUUUAUUGACGAAAUCGACGCCGUGGGCCGAAAACGCGGGGGUCGCAGUUUUGGGGGCCACUCAGAGCAGGAAAACACCCUGAACCAGCUUCUGGUGGAAAUGGACGGUUUUAACACAACGACAAAUGUUGUGGUUUUGGCGGCAACAAAUCGUAUAGAUAUCUUGGACAAAGCCUUGCUAAGGCCUGGCCGUUUCGACCGGCAAAUCUUCGUCCCGGCCCCCGAUAUCAAAGGGCGCGCUAGCAUUUUCAAAGUCCAUCUAGGGCCCUUGAAAACAAACUUGGACAAAAGCGAGUUGGCGCGCAAAAUGGCCGCCCUCACGCCGGGAUUCACCGGCGCCGACAUUGCCAAUGUUUGCAACGAGGCGGCGCUGAUCGCGGCGCGAGAUUUGAACGAGUCGAUCAAUAUGAAGAAUUUCGAGCAAGCGAUUGAGCGAGUGGUCGCCGGGAUGGAGAAAAAGACCAAUGUUUUGUCGCCCGAGGAGAAGAAGACAGUGGCGUAUCACGAAGCUGGGCAUGCUGUUGCUGGGUGGUUUCUACGCUACGCCGAUCCGCUCCUCAAAGUUUCGAUAAUCCCGCGUGGAAAAGGCCUGGGUUAUGCGCAGUAUUUGCCCAAAGACCAGUAUUUGUACACGAAGGAGCAGCUCUUCGACCGCAUGUGCAUGACGCUCGGGGGGCGCGUCUCCGAGGAGCUUUUCUUCCAGAGGAUUACCACUGGGGCUCAGGACGAUUUGAAGAAGGUGACGCAGAGUGCGUAUGCACAAGUCGUGCAUUAUGGCAUGAAUGAGAAGGUGGGGAAUGUUAGUUUCGAUAUGCCGAGGGAGGGGGAAAUGAUGUUGGAAAAACCCUACUCGGAGAGUACAGCACAGAUGAUUGAUGUCGAAGUUAGGAAUUUGAUUGACCAGGCGUAUAAACGAACCACUGCGCUUCUGACGGAGCACAAGGAGAACGUGGCCAGAGUGGCGGAGCGACUCCUGAAGCAGGAGAUUAUCAGUCGGGAGGAUAUGAUCGAGUUGUUGGGGAAGAGGCCGUUCCCGGAAAAGUCGACCUAUGAGGAGUUUGUGGAAGGGACGGGGUCGUUGGAGGAGGAUACGAGUUUGCCGGAAGGCUUGAAGGAUUGGAAUAAGGAGAAGGCGGCCGAGCAACAGCCGCAGAAAUCGCAGGCUUGAGUGUAGUGUGUGGGGACUUUGAGUUUGAAAUCCAUUAAUAAAUAUUAUUUAAUAUAGAAGUUGUUCUUUUAUUUGUUAUGUGGAUCAAAAUAAACGUACAAAUGAUUUUA